AAUCCUACUGAAAAUAUGCUGCCGCAAAUAGUCUUUCUGCUGCCAGCGUUUUUGACCUUGGUUCAUGGAGUGUUUUAUGCUGAACGGUACCAAACUCCCACAGGAAUAAAGGGCCCACUUGCCAACACGAAGACACAGUACUUCAUCCCGUACUCCAUAAAGAGUAAAGGAAUUCCAGUAAGAGGAGAGCAAGGAAUUCCUGGUCCACCAGGCCCAGCUGGACCUCGAGGACACCCAGGUCCUUCAGGACCGCCAGGAAAGCCAGGCUAUGGAAGUCCUGGACUCCAAGGAGAGCCAGGCUUGCCAGGACCACCAGGAAUAUCAGCCACUGGGAAGCCAGGCCUGCCAGGCCCGCCAGGCAAACAAGGAGAGAGAGGACCCUAUGGACACAAAGGAGAUAUUGGCCCAGCUGGCUUACCAGGACCUCGGGGGCCUCCAGGGCCACCUGGAAUACCUGGGCCUGCUGGAAUUUCUGUGUCAGGAAAACCUGGACAGCAGGGACUUACAGGUGCCCCAGGACCCAGGGGAUUUCCUGGAGAAAAGGGGGUACCAGGAGCCCCUGGGAUGAAUGGACAGAAAGGAGAACCAGGAUAUGGUGCUCCUGGCCGUCCUGGUGAGAGGGGUCUUCCAGGUCCUCAGGGUCCUGUAGGUCCCCCUGGUCCUCCUGGAGUGGGAAGAAGAGGUGAAAAUGGUUUUCCAGGACAGCCAGGCAUCAAAGGUGAUCGGGGUUUCCCAGGAGAAAGGGGACAAUCAGGUCCACCAGGUCCCCAAGGUCUUCCUGGGAAACAGGGACGGGAAGGUAUUGGGAAGCCAGGAACCACUGGAGCCCCGGGUCAACCAGGUAUCCCAGGAGAAAAAGGCCACCCCGGGGCUCCAGGAAUAGCUGGGCCUCCAGGAGCUCCUGGCUUUGGAAAGCAAGGCUUGCCAGGUUUGAGGGGACAAAGAGGACCUGCAGGUCUUCCUGGGGCCCCAGGUGCCAAAGGGGAACAAGGGCCCACAGGUCAUCCUGGGGAGCCAGGUCUGACUGGACCCCCCGGGAAUAUGGGACCCCAAGGACCUAAGGGAAACCCAGGGAAUCAUGGUAUUCCAGGUGCUAAAGGUGAGACAGGUCCAGUUGGGCCUGCAGGGCCACCUGGGGCUAGAGGAUCAAGGGGUCCCCCUGGGGUAGAUGGAAAAAGAGGGUACCCUGGUGAGCCAGGUCUUAAUGGUCCUAAAGGUAACCCAGGAUUACCAGGACCAAAGGGUGAUCCUGGAGUGGGAGGAGCCCCCGGUCUUCAAGGUCCUGUUGGCCCUGCAGGAGCUAAGGGAGUGCCUGGACACAGUGGCGAGGCAGGUCCAAGAGGUGAACCUGGAAUACCAGGCACCAGGGGCCCCAUUGGGCCACCAGGUAUCCCAGGAUUCCCUGGAUCUAAGGGUGACCCUGGAAAACCAGGUCCUCCAGGCCCAGCUGGCAUAGCAACUAAGGGCCUCAGUGGGCCCACUGGUCCCCCAGGUCCUCCUGGUCCAAGAGGCCACAGUGGAGAACCUGGUCUUCCAGGUCCCCCGGGACCCCCAGGACCACCUGGCCAAGCAAUCAUGCCUGAUGGCUUCACCAAGGCAGGUCAAAGGCCGAGGCUUCCUGGGAUGCCUCUUGUCAGUGCUAACCAUGGAGUAACAGGAAUGCCAGUGUCUGCUUUUACUGUCAUGCUCUCCAAAGCUUAUCCAGCAGUAGGCAGCCCCAUUCCAUUUGACGUGAUUUUGUAUAAUAGACAGCAGCAUUAUGACCCAAGAUCUGGAAUCUUUACCUGUAAGAUCCCAGGUGUAUACUAUUUCUCCUACCACGUACAUGUGAAAGGGACUCAUGUUUGGGUUGGCCUGUACAAGAACGGCACACCCACAAUGUACACUUAUGAUGAGUAUAGCAAAGGCUACCUGGAUCAGGCUUCAGGGAGUGCAAUUAUGGAGCUCACAGAAAAUGACCAGGUGUGGCUCCAGCUGCCCAAUGCAGAGUCCAACGGCCUCUACUCCUCUGAGUAUGUCCACUCAUCCUUCUCAGGAUUCCUAGUGGCUCCCAUGUGAGCACUUCCUGCCAAGGUCAGCUAAAUCCUUCGCUUGGAAAGGCUUCCCUGCAAUUCCAUUGUGACCACCCUGGAGAUGCAUAUGGAGGUAGGCUAAAAGUAAUGUGAACAACUUAAAAAACCUUCUAAAACAUACUCCGAGACCAAGUUUCCUCCUGGAAAAGUGAGCAGCAGCAGUGAAUACGUGAGGUUUAUCAUGAAUGCGCAGCAACCCUAAAGGUUCUGUGAUUCUAUCAAUAUUUAUAGUUUUUACCAUAAGUUAAAAAAAAAAACAAAACCUCACAAAAACAGAAAUAUGGUUCCAAUUCACCAUAAAUUUCAUUUCAGAAACUCAGCAUUUCUUUUUUUUAGGAAAAGCCCAUUUUAAUAAUUAACAUGAGAACUUUUAGGAAACAUGCAGAAAGUAUCACAUAACUUUAUAUUCUUUAAAUACUUGAAUAUUCAAAUUUAAAGGACACUGUAUAUCUUAGGCUAUAUCUGAUGGUGCAUCACUCAACGGCUCAUAUAGCCCCUUUCACCAAGAUAAAUUCAAAAGCACAGGUGCAUACAGACUUUUUGAAGCGCUCAUUAGAAUCCAAAAUACUGCAUUAAAAUUAAUUUGAAUUACAAGGUGCUUUGUCACAAGCCAUUUCAAGCUUUUCUGCAAUUGCAGAAAGUCCACAUACCUGGUGCAACUUGGAAACAGGUGUCUGACUUAUUCUUAUGUCCCUAACAUAGUGUGAUCACUCUGAUUUAAUGCCUUGCUGCAUCUUUAUAAAAUGAUUUUAUGGGCUUACAGAACAUCAGAAUAGACAUCUAGUGUGUCUUCCAUUCCAUGAAAAUAUAAUUAACAUUAAAGAUUUCAAAGCCAGGCUAGAAACAAAAAUAUAUUAUUUAUUUAUGCUCUGUACUGUAUUUUGAUAUUACUGUUUAAAACUGUUAAGCUGUACCUCACUCACUAAAGCACGGAAUAUUUAAUCUACUUGUUAUUACAAAGCAAUAAAAUGACAUGAACCAAUCUUU